AUGGGUAAGGAACAUGUCAUUGAAGAUGCCUACAUGACUGAUGAGUUAGACAGUGGUAGUGAUGAUGACAGCCGUGAUGAAAGACCCUAUGUAAUCAGGUUUAAUCAAGAAGAAUAUUUAAGCAAGGAUUUUGUUUUCAAGGUGGGAAUGGAGUUUUCUUCUUUGAGACAGUUCAAAGAUGCCAUAUUGGAGCACAAUGUUUUAAAUGGUAUGGAUGUUAAGUUUGAAAAAAGUGAUGCUAACAGAUGUAGGAUUAAGACUUUGUUUGCAAAGCACAAAUGUGGAAGACACUUCUUCAACAAAAGUGCCAAAGUAGAGUGGGUGCCCAAGGUAAUUGUUGAUGGAUUGAAGAACAACUCUAGAAUGAGGUUAAGUGAGGUAGUAGCAGAUGUCAAACAAAGGUAUACAACAAAAAUUUCAGGUUGUAGAGCAUUCAAGGCAAGACAUAUUGCAAGACACGUUGUUGAAGGAGAUUAUAGCAAGCAAUUUAGUCUUUUAUAG